CCAUCUCUACAGCCAGCAUGAUCACCAGCAUCUCCAAAGGCACCACUGGUGCCACAACCUCCCCCACCACUUUGACCACCUCCAUCAACACUAACGGUUCUACCAUCCUCAGCUCUUCACCCACAAUAUCCACCCCUCUUUCACGUCCCACCAGCACCUCUUCACCUUCCACCACCACCAUCACAAUCACUUCUCCUGGCCAGAAUUCUUCCUCCACCAAGCCCACCUCAAGUUCCCUUCCCACCACCACCAUGAGCACCAUCAUCACCACCUCUACUCUCCAUUCCACCACCACCACUCCAGGCUUCUGCGCCAAUGGAGGGAUUUGGGUGGACGGUCACUGCGAGUGUCCCCUCGGUUUCACGGGUGACACGUGCGAGGACAUCAGUAACACCAUUGAGACGAAAGCUGAGACCAACGGGACGGUGCAGGUGGUGCUGCGAGUGACCAACCGGGACUUCACUGAGGACCUCCAAAACCACAGCUCCUCUGCCUACUUGGAGUUCGUCAAGAACUUCACGGAGCAGAUGAACCUGGUCUACAGGAAUGUUGAUGGCUACCAAGGCAUCCAGGUCCAGAAUGUGACGCCUGGCAGCGUGGUGGUCGAUCACGUGGUCAUCUUCUCCCUGAUAAUGACCGCCCAAGCCCAGGAGAAGCUCAACAACAUCACCAAGGACUUGAUGGCAGAGAUUCGGGUGGUGACAAUGGAGAACUGCACGGAUGACGAGAUGUGCUUCAACUCCUCCGACAUCACGGUGAGGGACAACUCCCUCAACUUCAACCAAGAGGGCUACUGCCGGGAAAACGUGCCCAAGGGCCUUGAGGACUAUUUUUUUCCCAACCUGACGAGUUACGGUUUCUUCUGCAUCUCCAACUGCACCCCGGACACCGCCAGCACCAUCAACUGCAACAACGGGCGGUGCCAGCUCACCAGGAGCGGUCCACAGUGCUUCUGCCCCGAGCCCCACAUGUACUGGUACCAAGGCAAUCGCUGCGAGAGCCGAGUCAGCAAGUUGGCUGUGGGGCUGGGCUCGGCGGUGGCCAUCCUGGCCGUGAUGGUGGCCAUCCUGGCCGUCCUCCUCUUCCGGGCCCGUAGCACCCAAUUGUCCUACAGGUGA